AAAAAAGAAAAAAAUUGAAAUCGUCAACUCAUGGCCACUAUUUAAGCAGAGCAACAUUAGCCCAUUCUCUCCGUAUACUCCUUUACAAAAUAUACAAAGAACAAAAAGGAAUUCAAGAUUUUGCAAUGGCAACCAAAGUGUACAUUGUUUACUAUUCAAUGUAUGGGCAUGUUGAAAAGCUGGCACAAGAGAUAAAGAAAGGCGCUGCAUCUGUUGAAGGAGUUGAAGCUAAGUUAUGGCAGGUGCCAGAAAUUCUUUCAGAAGAAAUUCUUGCAAAGAUGAGUGCGCCUCAGAAAGGUGAUGCGCCGAUCAUUGAACCAAAUGAUCUUGUUGAGGCUGAUGGCUUUAUAUUUGGUUUUCCAACAAGAUUUGGGAUGAUGCCUGCUCAAUUUAAGGCCUUUCUCGAUGCAACUGGUGGUCUCUGGGAAGCUCAGAAACUGGCAGGCAAACCAGCAGGCAUUUUCUAUAGCACUGGUUCUCAAGGAGGUGGCCAAGAAACUACCGCGUUGACAGCAAUUACGCAGCUUGUUCACCAUGGAAUGAUUUUUGUUCCAAUUGGCUACACAUUCGGUGCUGGAAUGUUCGAGAUGGAGAAAAUCAAAGGUGGAAGUCCGUAUGGUGCGGGAACUUUUGCUGGUGAUGGCUCCAGACAGCCAACAGAGCUUGAAUUGGAGCAAGCAUUUCACCAGGGGAAAUACAUUGCUACCAUCACUAAGAAGCUCAAAGGCUCCGCCUAAAUCUAUUUAGUUUUCACUAUUUGCAUUCUAUAGUAUUUUUCUCUUUUCAACAUGUUGGUGAAUAAAAUUCAGUUGGAACUGAAUUAAGUGUGCAAUAUCCUUUUUUUUAUCUGCAAUAAUAGGAAAUUCGUGGCCGAAA